AUGGCGGCGGCGGAGCCCGCGAGCUCGGGGCAGCAGGCGCCGCAGGCCCCGGCCCCGGCCCAGCCGCCGCCGCCGCCUCCUCCCGGGGCGCCGUCCUCGCAGCCGUCGCCGGCGCUGGCGGGCGGCAGUAGCCGGCACGAGAAGAGCCUGGGGCUGCUCACCACCAAGUUCGUGUCGCUGCUGCAGGAGGCGCAGGACGGCGUCCUGGAUCUCAAAGCGGCUGCAGAUACAUUGGCUGUGAGACAGAAGAGAAGAAUUUAUGAUAUCACCAAUGUCCUAGAAGGAAUUAAUCUGAUUGAAAAAAAAUCGAAAAAUAGUAUCCAGUGGAAAGGUGUCGGUGCUGGCUGUAAUACAAAAGAAGUUAUAGAUAGAUUAAGAUUUCUUAAAGCCGAAAUCGAAGAUCUGGAACUGAAGGAAAGAGAACUUGAUCAACAGAAGUUGUGGCUACAGCAAAGCAUCAAAAAUGUGAUGGACGACUCCAUUAAUAAUAAAUUUUCCUAUGUAACUCAUGAAGACAUCUGUAAUUGCUUUAAUGGUGAUACAUUGUUGGCCAUUCAGGCACCUUCUGGUACACAGUUGGAGGUACCUAUUCCGGAAAUGGGUCAGAAUGGACAAAAGAAAUACCAGAUAAACUUAAGGAGUCACUCAGGACCUAUCCACGUGCUGCUUAUAAAUAAAGAGUCCAGUUCAUCUAAGCCUGUGGUGUUUCCUGUUCCUCCACCUGAUGACCUCACACAGCCCUCCUCCCAGACUUCCACUCCAGUGACUGCGCAGAAGCCCAGCAUGGCGGCACAGAGCCUGCCUGUGCAGCAUGUUCCUGAAAGAAGCCAGACUUUUCAGCAGAUACCAGCUACAGAACUAUCUUCAGCAGGAUCUAUUAGCGGAGAUAUCAUUGAUGAAUUAAUGUCUUCUGAUGUGUUUCCUCUCUUACGGCUUUCUCCAACCCCAGCAGAUGACUACAACUUUAAUCUAGAUGAUAAUGAAGGAGUUUGCGAUCUGUUUGAUGUCCAGAUACUAAAUUAUUAGAUUCCAUGCAAACUUGGGACUAUUAUCUACCUCUAACUGUGUAACAUUUUAGAAUUCUUAAUAACCUAAGUAUUUAAAAUAAUGAAUGUAACACCUUUUAGUUCACUGAUUCUGAAGUGUUCUUCUAAUACUUUCUUGUAUACUUCACAAAACCUCAACCAUAAAAACGAAGGGCUCUGACUGCCUCAGGGUAAAGUGAACAGAUAUCCACCAGCAGCAACCCAUUCUGAAGUAACUAUUGCAUUCAGUUUCCACUACUGAACCCUCAUUGUUUCGGCUUCAGAGAGGAAAUUUAAAUUAGAUUUCAGGUCACCAAAAGCAAGAGUUGGUCAGUCAUUUGUCUUUUACUGCCACAAAGCUGUAUUUUUGUAUGUUCUUCGAACAAACGUCCACUGCCACUUAAUGAAGUGAAGGAUGUAAAUGAGGCUCUGUAAUUGUUUCAGUGAACAGAUUUUGUGAAGUGCCUUUGGUUUUAGCACUUUAAGUUAUCAGCUUGUUGACUUCUGACAUUCCGCUUUCCUAGAGCACAGGAAAGAUCUGUUUAGUUUGUUUUCAAAAUGUGCCAAUGCCUGUACAUUAACAAGAUUUAAAAAAAAAUAAAAGUUGUAUAAAACAUAA